AUGUCAAUGUUGUAUAUCUUAGCAAAAGACAUUUCCCCUCAAUCCUACAGAAAAGCAAUUCGAUUGAGAUUGAUUCGUACUUACAUUGUAACUGAAGGUAGGAACAAAUCUGCUAUAAAGAGUCAAGAAUGUCUUUUCCAUGACAUUGAGGGAACCUAUGUUCAUGCAAGUAUACAUGCUAAUUUUAAAGACCAAUUUUCAAAUCUGCUAAAAGAAGGUAAAGUUUAUGCUGUCAAAAACUUUGUGGUCGUAUCUUACUAUUACCAAUAUAAAACUACACAACAUAAAUACAUGAUGAAGUUUAAUCACUACACAACUAUUGAGAGACAUAGGAGAAAAGGUUUUCCAAGCCUUUUAUUUCGUAUUAAACCUAUUGAGGACUUAUUGGCUGGAAAAGUUGAAGAGAAGCAGUUGAUUGAUGUUAUUGGUAGAGUAGUUGAAUUCUAUUCUCCUAAGGAUAAGGUUAUUGCUGGUUUCCCCACACAGUUGGUUGAUUUUUUGAUUGAAGACUCAAACGAGGUCAGGAUUUCAAGCUCAUACACUGCUACAAAAGUUUUAUUCAAUUUGGACUGCCAAGAGUUUGCAGAUUUCAGAAAUAGGCUAAUUGUAGCCCACUCAAAAGUAUUUCAGUGGUGUCUUAUGGUCACAGUGCCAAUAAUUCCCAAACUCCUAUGGUUGUCAGCACGAUCAGAGAUUUGUGAUUUGUAUGAAAGGGCUGAGGAAGGCUAUUAUUGUGUCCCAGGUACCAUUGUAUCAAUUGAGAGUGGAAAGAAAUGGUUCUAUAACUCUUGCAGAAAACCAGGCUGCUUUAAAUCCCUUAUUUUUACAGAGACUUACUACUAUUGUGAAACAUGCAAGACUAAUUGGGCAAAAGGGAACGUGAGAUACAGAGCUAAGAUGCAUGUUCCAGCUGAGUUUGAUCAGCUGAGGAACAAAUCUAUGGUGUUUAGAAUCAAUCUCAAGAAUGAACUGAACCCAGCAAAGCCCAUAUCAGUCUUAAGUGUUAUGCAAGAUGAGGAAUUGGAAGCUCAGUACUGUCCAUCCAUGGUGGAUGAUCAUGAUGAAUUAUCUAGGAUGGUUGAAGAAGAAGCAGAUGACCUAGAAUCUGAUGAAAGCGAAUCAGGUGAUGAGGCUAUAAGUCCUUCAAUGCAACCUGACUUAAAGCUAAAAGGUGUGGACAAACCUCAAGAUGAAGUUGACACAGGUGCUAUUAAGAGACGCCUACUUGACCAAUUCUCAUCAAGUCAGAAUUUGAAGAAGUCUAGGCCAGUUGUGAUCAAGCAGGAAAAGAAUUGA